GACUAAAAAUAGGAACACAUUGCUUGCAUGGAAUACAGACUGCUCCAUCUCCCAGCUCUAAUUCACAUCAAAAGAAAAAAGUUGAGGACGUGACAAAAGAAAAAAGAUGGAAUUAAAAUAAUCCUGGCACUAAGGACCAUUCAUCAUGAGAAGUCUAAAUUUCUAUUACCUCUUGCUGUACUUGACUUACCUGAACCCUGUCUGCUCCACCGAUGCCUGCGAGAUUUGUAACUGCUCUGGAGACAGUCUGCGGUGCCCAGCACACACCUCCUAUCACAGAUCCCCCGAUAUAAAACUGUCAUUAUCUUCUUUCUCCUUUAAAGUUAUUCCAUCUGAGGUGUUUCAGCAUUUCCAACAAGACAUCUUAAGCAUAUCGAUCUACCAAAGUGAUUCACUGGAAAGAAUUCACAGUUAUGCCUUUGCCAGACUUCCCAACCUGACAGAACUAGUUAUCCGUAACACAAAAAAUCUGGUCUAUAUUGGACAAGGAGCAUUUGCCAACCUACCGAACCUAAAAUACUUGGGCAUCUGCAACACAGGAAUUCGUAAAUUUCCAGAUGUUACAAAAAUCUUCUCAACGCAGCCGAAUUUUAUUCUGGAGAUUUAUGAGAACAUGCAUAUAACUUUUAUACCAGCCAAUGCUUUUCAGGAAAUGAACAAUGACUCUUUGACGCUGAACCUUUACAGGAAUGGACUAGAAGAAAUACAAAACUAUGCAUUCAAUGGAACAAAGCUGGGUCGACUGUCUCUUAAUGACAACAAAAAUCUACAACGUUUUCAUAAUGAUGCCUUAAAGGGAGCUACUGGACCAAAUCUUUUAAACAUAUCAUCAACAGCCUUAGAGCAACUUCCCAUCCAUGGACUGGAAUUUAUUCAGGUCUUAGUCGCAGAAAGAUCAUAUUAUCUAAAGAAGUUACCUGCACUAGACAAGCUUGCUAACUUGGUGGAUGCUCAACUAACAUAUCCAAGCCAUUGUUGUGCUUUUGCAGACAUGAAAAUGAAAGAGUCAAAUUCCCCUCUACACUUAUUCGGAAACCUGACAAGCCAAUGUGAUUCCUCUUCUCGAAAGCUAGCCAACGACACAAACAUUGAGCUAGCCCCAGACUAUGAGGAAUUGUGUCAUCCUAAAACACUGAAAUGUACUCCAGAGCCAGAUGCAUUUAACCCUUGUGAAGACAUCAUGGGAUAUGACUUUCUUCGAGUACUGAUCUGGUUCAUUAGUAUUCUUGCCAUUGCGGGCAAUGCUGUGGUUCUGGUCGUCCUUCUGACAAGCCAUUACAAACUCACAGUUCCCCGAUUCCUAAUGUGCAACCUGUCAUUUGCAGACUUCUGCAUGGGGAUUUACUUACUUCUGAUUGCAUCAGUGGACUCCAAGACCAAAAAACAGUAUUAUAAUCAUGCUAUUGACUGGCAAACGGGAAGCGGAUGCAGUGCGGCAGGAUUCUUCACGGUGUUCUCCAGUGAGUUGUCCGUCUAUACUUUGACUAUAAUCACCCUGGAAAGGUGGCACACCAUAACCUAUGCAAUGCAACUGGACCGAAAGCUGCGGCUGCGCCAUGCCAUCCUGAUUAUGCUGGCCGGCUGGAUUUUUUCUUUGAUAAUUGCCAUUUUACCACUUUUCGGAGUUAGCAAUUAUAUCAAGGUCAGCAUAUGCUUACCGAUGGAUAUAGAGACACCCCUUUCUCAAGCGUAUAUUAUACUAAUCUUGGUGCUCAAUGUCUUGGCUUUCAUCAUCAUUUGUGCUUGUUACAUAAAAAUUUACAUCACUGUGCAAAAUCCGGAGCUAACGCCAACCAACAAAGACACCAAAAUAGCCAAAAAGAUGGCAGUACUUAUUUUCACCGACUUUACGUGCAUGGCACCCAUAUCAUUCUUUGCGAUUUCAGCAGCCUUUAAAGUUCCCCUCAUCACUGUGAGCAAUUCGAAAAUAUUGCUGGUUUUGUUUUAUCCUGUGAAUUCCUGUGCAAACCCGUUUCUAUAUGCAAUUUUCACCAAGGCCUUUCGAAGGGAUUUCUUUCUGCUUAUGAGCAAGUUUGGAUGUUGCAAGGCUCAGGCGGAACUCUACAGGAUCAACGACGUUACUGCUUACACCUCAAACUGUAAAACCGACAGCCUAUACACUGGACCAAAAAAGCCUUCCCGAGCUGAUCUUCAGCUAUCAAAUGUCAACUGUCAGUACUUGAACAUAAAUGACAAACCAGCAUGUAUAGGCAGUUGAAAUUUGGACUUGUUUGUCACAUUUAAAGUUGUACAAAUUAUUCCUCACAGAGGACUUUCUGUAAAUAUGUAAAUCCAGUUUAUGUAAAUAUGAAGCACUCUUACAAAA